GUACGAGACUCCAGGAAAAUGUCGGUGGAGCUCGGUACGGGGCACUGAUACGAUAUUAGUGCGAGAGAUCGACGUCCGCAUUCGUAAGUGUGGAACUAGUUGGUCGGGCCGCGUCCGCGUUCGUCGCGUAUGCGAACCGAGCGCUCGCGCUCGCACGAGUGAGAGUGAGUGAGUGAUACGGUGGGGCACACUCGGCGGCGGCCAUAACACCGACCAACCAAACUAGCAAGCAGGGAGAAAGCGUAGUGCGAGUGUCCAAGACGUAGUGGUAGUGUUUUUCGAUAGAAUUCCUGUGAAAAGUGGACUUCCAUUGAUCAGAUGUUGCUAAUGUCGCGAGUCUUGGCUGGAGGUACGGAGUCUCACAGCAGUGUACAGGGCUGACAUUCAAAGUACUACCAUUUGGUAGGCUUGAGUAGUGUUAUGCCUCCACGGCACCAAUCUCCCUGGUUGCAGCGCAAUCAUCUUGGCAAGCAAUUAGUGAGCUACCAUGCUCAAUUCAGAAUAUAUCCUUGCCAUCUCAAUUGUUGAUGAAGCCUCAUAGCGUCAAGCAUCAACGUAAGGCAGUUACCUGCUGCAUAGCAUUUAUGUACCAUAUAUGUCGGAAAGAAACGAAGCCAAGAUGCAGCAGGUGGACACUAUCUCGCAAAAUAAUUCGUUAGAUGUGGAGGAGCGAGAAAGGCUGUGUAAUAUACCGAAGACAAGUGCACCUGGUAAGACAUCGACUACACCAGCAACUCCUGCAAAGGAGCCACCACCACGUGAUGAACCACCCGUGGAACCGGUGAAUGGUGUAGUCCAACCACCUGUUGUGCCUCCACCUAAUCGUCCAGGGCGUGUAACCAAUCAACUACAAUUUCUUCAAAAAGGUGUACUCAAACCAGUAUGGAAGCAUCAAUUUGCGUGGCCUUUUCAACAACCUGUAGAUGCCAAAAAACUCAAUUUGCCAGAUUAUCACAAAAUUAUAAAGCAACCAAUGGAUUUGGGUACAAUCAAAAAACGAUUAGAAAAUACAUAUUAUUGGAGUGGAAAAGAAUGUAUUCAAGACUUCAAUACCAUGUUCACCAAUUGUUAUGUUUACAACAAACCUGGAGAAGAUGUUGUGGUUAUGGCACAAGCUCUCGAAAAAUUGUUUCUUACCAAGGUUGCACAAAUGCCAAAAGAAGAAGUGGAGCUCGAACCUCCUGUUCCAAAGGGACCCAAAGGUAAAAAGGCUGGCAAAGUUGGAGCACCAGUAGGCGGCGUAGCAGGAGGUGCGGGAGGUACAGGUCGAGGUCGACCUUCUUCUGGUGCAGCUGCAGUUACUUCCAGUGUACCAAAUAGUCUAACGCCUUCAGCUACUUCAGCUGGGACAACAGGUGUAAUUCCCAUGCCUCCUCUUGGCACCCAAGCACCUGCAUCUGUACCUGGGAGCACAAAUACAACUACUAUUGCUCCUCCAUCAAGUAUGGGAGUUAGUCCCAUGGCUACACAUAAUUCUUUGCCUCAACAAGUGGUCCCUCCAACUAGUGGUUACCAUGCACAACCAGCAAUGGAUCCACAAGCAGCUUCUGCUGUACCUCCUCCUCCACAAGUUCCCACUGCACCUACGGUAAUGCCUCCAUCCCAACCAGCAAAACUUAAAAAAGGAGUGAAGAGAAAGGCUGAUACUACGACUCCUACUGCAAAUUCUUUUGAACCUUUAUAUAAACUGGAUCCUAAAAAUGCCAAAAUACCUACAAGGCGAGAAUCUGGCAGACAAAUAAAAAAGCCAACGAGGCAAGCGGAAGACGGCUUAGUGCCAUUCCAUCAGCCUAAUAUGCCCCUGAUGGGGGCAAUGGCCCAACAGCCUCAACACACAACUGGAAAGUCUAAAGAAAAACUUUCAGAAGCUUUGAAGUCUUGUAAUGAGAUUUUAAAGGAAUUAUUUUCGAAAAAACAUUCGGGAUAUGCAUGGCCCUUCUAUAAGCCAGUUGAUGCUGAACUCUUAGGUCUUCACGAUUAUCAUGACAUUAUAAAAAAACCAAUGGAUCUUGGUACUGUAAAGACAAAAAUGGAUAAUCGUGAAUAUAAAACAGCACAAGAAUUUGCUAGCGAUGUGCGACUCAUAUUUACUAAUUGUUAUAAAUAUAAUCCUCCAGAUCACGACGUUGUAGCAAUGGCUAGAAAACUCCAAGAUGUGUUUGAAAUGAGGUACGCAAAAAUCCCGGAUGAACCAAUGGGAAGUAUAGUAGUGAAAGGUAGCAGUAGUAGUGCCAGUAGUUCCGGAUCCGAAAGUUCUUCUGAAAGUGAUGAUUCAGACGAAGAACGUACUCAAAAAUUAGUUGCUUUACAGCAGGAGCUGAAAGCUAUGCAAGAACAAAUGAGAAAAUUAGUAGAAGAAAGUGGUAAAAAGAAGAGUAAAAAGAAGAAACCGGAUAAGACAAAGUCAAGGCCAAUGGGCAAUAAGAGUAGUAGUCUUGUUGCCAGUCAUACUGGUGCCAUGAAAGAACUAAUGAAACCAAGUGGUGGAAUUCCAAGUGUCUCUGAUAGUGUUGGUGCUAGUAUAGCCAGUGUUGCAAUGGGAGGUGAUUUGAAAAUGCCAGGUGGUAUGGGUGGUGAUCUUCAUCAUCCAGCAAUAGCAGUAGGACCUAAUAAAACUCAUGCAACAGGAAGUAUGAGUCAUCAUUUGCCAACAGCGGCAAAUGCUAAGACAAAAGGUGGAAAAGGACGAGGACCUGGGAAAGCUGCAACAACAAAUACUACAAAUAAAAGGCCAAAAGCAAAUAGUAGAUCAGCUGGAACUAAAAAGAAGAACGCUAGUAGUCAACCACCACCAAUUACGUUUGAUUCUGAAGAUGAGGAUAAUGCUAAACCAAUGUCUUAUGAUGAGAAAAGACAACUUAGUUUGGAUAUUAAUAAAUUACCUGGAGAUAAAUUAGGACGAGUUGUGCAUAUAAUACAAUCUCGAGAGCCUUCAUUGAGGGAUUCUAAUCCAGAUGAAAUUGAAAUUGAUUUUGAAACAUUAAAACCAUCCACAUUGAGGGAAUUAGAGAGCUAUGUUGCUUCAUGUCUUAGAAAAAAGCCACAUAAAAAAGUUAGUGGUAAAUCUAAAGAUGAACAAAUGGCAGAGAAAAAACAGGAACUCGAGAAGAGGUUACAAGAUGUUACAGGGCAAUUAGGCAAUGUUAAGAAAACCGCUAAAAAAGAAGACAGUAGUAAAUCAGUCGAUGUAGUUGGGACAGGAGGAGCUAGUGGGCCUUCACGAUUGUCAGCGUCAAGCAGUAGUAGCAGUGAUAGUGAUUCCAGCAGUAGUUCACUUUCUUCGAGCUCCAGUGAUUCAAGCGACAGUGAAGCAGAGAAACAAAUUAGGCACUAUAUUAUGAUACACACGGGAAACAAAUGCAGACAAUGUGUAUUGGUGGCUGGAUUUGCAAAUCCACUUUCUAAGGCACCUACAUUGAAUCAUACUGGAGGUCUUUUAAUGAACAAUCAACCCCCAACAAAUUCUACGGGACCAAUUACAAAACCAGCUGUAACUCAAUCUAGUAAUGUUUCUUCAGAACAAGGUGGCAAUAGUCAACAAUCUGUAGCAGUAGCUGCUGUUACAGCUGGUCAAGGAAUGCCUGUAGCGAGUCACACGUCUAUGCCCGCUCAACCUCCUCGAUCUACAGCUAUGGCUACAGCUGCUCCUGUAAAAAAACCUACACCGCCACCACCAACUACAUCCAACCCACCAACUCCAUCAGUAUCUGUACCAACUCCACCACCAAGUGUUACACCUACAAAUACGAAUUCUAUAGUAGCUUCACCGGUUGUGCCUCAGCCACCACAGCCACCUACAUCUGUUAGUUCCUUUUCAAAUACAAACACUCCUGUACCUACAGAUGGGACAACUUUAACUCAACAAUCAGAUCUUUUACAACCAUAUAAUACUCUAGCUCCUGUGCCUACUACACAAACAUCGUUGGAACAAAUGUCAUUAAAAAAAAAACCGCACAUACCAAUGAUUCAGACACCACAUACAACAACUAAUAACACCAAUUUAAUACUGCCUGAUAUAAAAACACCAGUGAAUAUGAUGCCUACAAGUAUGGCAUCUAAUUUAAAUUUGGGAAAUAUGACCAUGGCCAAUCUGAAUAUGAAUUUACAACAAGGAUUAGCUACUCAUAUGUCAAUGCACAAUCAAUUGGAAAAUAUGAUAAAUACAACAUCACCAUUGACUAAUAUACAAAAUUCUCACAAUGCUACAAUAUCACAACAGCAUUCCAAUGGAUUUUCUAAUAUUAAGCGUGAGAAUUCUCCGCCUAAUAUGUUAAAUAAUAAUGGCAUAUCUGGUCUUAAUAUGGGAAUGAGUAUGGGUGGAAUAGGUUCAAUUUUUGAUCCUAUGCCCAUGCAAUCAUCUAUGCCAAUGCAAAUGUCGCAAAUUCCAAUUAAAAAAGAAGAGAAAUCAGUAUCAAUUUCUCAAUCGCAAAUGCCUCAAAAGCCUAUGGAUGCCGGAGCUCUUUUUGCAGAGAUGAAUACAGGGAUGCCAUCAAUGAGUAAUCAUUCGAGUUCACAGCUCAUGCCUGAGAAAAAAAUGACACCACCCGAUUCAAAAAAUCCUGUGUCGAAUUUCGCUUCAGCUUUUAAAAAUAAGACUGUAGAACAAAAUGUGAAAAAUGCCUCAUCAUGGUCAUCUUUAGCACAAGCAUCAAGUCCCCAAUCUGCAGCAGGAAGUAGCAUGAAAAGUGCAGCACAGGAUUCAUUCCAAGCAUUCAAAAAACAAGCAAAAGAAAAGCAAGAUAGGCAAAGAGCUUUAUUGGAACAACAAGAAAUGCGUAGACAACAGAAAGAACAAGCAGAACGAGAACGUUUACGACAAGAAAAUGAAAGAAGAAGAGAACGAGAAGAAGAAGAUGCUUUAGAUAAAGUUAGAAAAACUGUUGGUGAUCAACAAGGAAAUGUCAUGACUGCUACGUCAAGAGCAGAAGAAGUCAAAGCCAUUGUUGAUACUGAUAGUAGUAGUCCAAGUCAUUCAUCCAAUCAAGAUAAGGCCGCAGCUGAAAGAGAACGUCAAAGGCUACGAGAGCAAGAACGACGAAGACGUGAAGCGAUGGCCGGACAAAUUGACAUGAACAUGCAAAGUGAUUUGAUGGCAGCAUUUGAGGAGUCGUUAUAAUGUUAUUUGCUGCUCGUUGUAAAUCCACUAAAACCGGGCAAGACUUGGAUGGCGCUGGAUGAUACGAUAAAAACGUAUAAUAUAUACGUCAGUCAAUAACAAAUAAUAAUAAAUAAUGAGAUAAACCGAAAAAAUUCGGUGUAACAAAGUAAACGAUAUAAUGGUGGUGCGAGUUGGGACAUUCCAACAAAGAACCUUAAUGUCAUUGUCCGAGUGGAUCGGAAUUCAAAGAGACAGUUUAUCAAAUAACUCAAACUUGUGUGUAAUCGACGGACACCUAAGUGUGACCUAAUGUAAUUAGAUAAAUACUUACACGACACUUUAAAAAAUAUUACACUGACUAUUGUGUUACAUUUUUCCGGUUUUCAUAAGUUUGUACUUUAUGUAAAUUUCGAAACAAAACAAAAAAAUAUUACACAGAUGAUAAGUGAACGAAAGAAAGAGUAUGCGAGAGAGAGAGAGAAAGAUAGAAUGUAUAAUGUGCGGUCAAGGAAUAGAUGAGUAUGAAAGUGUGAACAGAGUGAAAGUUGUGUACAUUUAGUUAAGUUUUAUAUUUUUCCACAUUCAGUCAUUAAUCGUUGGUAGGAUUACAUAGACAGUGUUUCUGCCAAUAAUACAUAUAAUUAUUAGCAAUUACUAAUAAUUUUAUUGCAGAUUUCUUUCUCGAUUAUGAAUAUACACUAUUUGUAAUCACGAAAUAGGUAGACUUGUUAAGUCAAUAAUAUAGAAAAAUAUAUCUAAUGCGAACAUACAUUGGUGAAUUUAAUCAUAUUGAUCAUUAUGAUAGCCCAGUUAAGUCUAUCUCGAUUUCGAUUGACUUGAGAAUCAAAUCAGGGCCAAUCGGUUGAUUUGAAAAAA